GUCCAACUAAAUUUUAUCUCUUAUAUAAAGGCAAAUGUUGGAGGUAUUGGUCCUACCAAGGCCUCCCUUCCACUUUAUUUGCUGAGGCUUGCACCCUAUUGUUUUACUCCCACUUUGGUACCUUUUCUUUGGUAUAUAUCCUGAUCAAAUAUAUACCUAUUUUGAGUGGUUGACUUAAUCUCUUGGCUGGCCCCUUCUCUGCCUCCUGUCCGCUGCACUCAUUGCCUGGCAGCCUGUGAGCCUUUUUUUGUCUUGGCUCUCACCCAUGACUUCCUUCUGGCCGUUGCUAUUAUUUAGAGGUCUUGGCCUCUUCCUGUGGAAGUAGCCUGCGUAGAAAAAUUCCUGAGAGCAGAGCUCCCUUCUUCUUCCUUUGUGUGAGAGUAGAAAGGUCUUAGUGGAGAGUUGAGAGUGGAUGCUAUAGCCUCCUCCUAGUGUGGUGUAUGUGAUUAUAGUGAAAUAGACCUGAGCCGGAGACGGAUAAGAUCCUAACAGUGGUAUCAGAGACAGGUUCGCCGUCUGCCGCCGUUCACCGCCGACGUCCCGCCGCCGCCGCCCGCCGUAUGCCAGGUUGGAGCUCGCCGACGCAGGGAGUUGCUCGCCGAUUUGUUCGUCGCUGGAACUGCCGCCUACCAGCGUCGCUGCAGGCCACCAUUGUUGCGAACAUCCAUAGACGCUGUUGAAGCCCUGCGCACAUCCAUUGACGCUGGGAGUUGAAGCCCUGCCAUCCGUCCGCCUGGAAAUCGUCACCAUCCGAGCCGGUCGCCGCCGUCCGAGAGUCCCGAGGAAGUCAGCCAAAAGCCCCACCUGCGAAGGUCUGGAGUUCGUUCCUCGCGGAACGCAGAUAGCAGGGACGAAGAAGUCUACUGGGCUUCAAUUGCUGGACCUUGGGCUACUAGAUUUGGGCCUGGUGGACUGCUUCUGGAGCUGAAGGAGCUGGGCUGCUGACCUGCUGGAUUUGGACUGCCAAGCUACUGGACCUGUGCUGUUGGGCCGCUGGACUGACCUGCUGGAGUUGCUGGAGCAGCUGGACCGCCGGUCAACGCCGGUCAACGCCGGUCAACACCGGUCAACGCCGGUCAACAGUCAGAAAAAUCCCAAUUUUUUUUAAAUUGGGUAGGUAAGGUCGAAACCCUCUCCUAGGGUUUCGCUAAGGUAAAUUGGCUAUAAACACCCUAGGUGCACCGGGUGCCUCCGGAUUUAAUUUUAUUCCCCCUCCCCGCGGGCCGCCGGUAGAUUGUAUCCCGGCCGCCAACCCCCAGGUGCGUUUGCUAAACCCUCUCCUUUGUGGCAGAUUGUUUAGUUGUUUAAAUUGAAUUGGUAAGUGUUACUUAAUUCUUUUGUUAUGCGUAGGGGUGGUUUAUUGAGUAUUAGGGGUAGAAUUAAUUAAUGUUAACUGCUGCCCGGAGUUGUUUUAUGUGCCAAACUGUCCAUAUUUGCUAGUUGUUGCAUGCUGCCCGGGGUUAUUAAAGUAUAUACUUUAUAGUCCGGGUUGGAUUAGUUUCUGUCAAAUUUGUCUGUUUAGCUUUGUGUUGUUUUGUGGUUGAUACCAUGGCUGCUAAUCAGUAUGGUAUGCUUCCAUUUAAUGGAAAAAUAGAUUUUGAUAUUUGGAAACAGAAAAUUAAGUGUGUGUUAAUACAACAAAAGGUUUUUAGAGCUGUCACUGGUAUUUUCCUUGAAUCAGAAGAUAAGGCUAAUCAAAUUGAAAUGAACGAAACUGCUUGUUCUACUAUUUACUUGAAUCUGUCUGAUUAUGUGCUUAGGAAAGUGGGUAUUCUUGAGUCCGCUAAGGAAUUGUGGGAGAAAUUGGAUAGUCUCUAUAUUGAUACCUCUUUGCCCGGGAAGUUGUUUUUACUUGAAAAAUUCUUUAGGUUUAGGCUUGACCUGACUAAGGAUAUAGAUGAGAACCUGGAUGUGUUUAAUAAACUGAUACAGAAUAUCAAACAGGCAGGUGAUAAACACAUAGACGAUUAUACUCCCAUAGUAUUACUUAAUGCCAUUCCCGACUCUUAUAAUGAUGUUAAGUCCGCUAUUAAGUAUGGUAGGGAUGAGAUUUCGUUAGAUAUUGUUGUUAAUGGGUUAAGGAGUAAGGAAUUAGACCUGAAGCAUGCUAGGGGUAGUGCUAGUCAGUCCAGGGACUCCGGUGAGGCUAUGUUUGUUAGAGGUAGAUCUAAGGGUAGGUCUAAGAACUCUAAGCAAAAUAGUCAAAGUAAGAACACUAGUCAGCCUGGGAGAAAGAGGAGCAAAUCUAGGAAGAGAGUGUGUUACAAUUGUGGUAACGCUGACCAUUUCAUUAAGGAUUGCCCUAAACCUAAGAAGACCGAGCAUGCUAGUGUAGCUGUUGAUAAAUGUGACCUUGGUGAUAUUUUGAUGGUUUGUGACCAUGUUAAUUCUGUGCGUAAUUCCCUGUCUGAGCAUGAAUGGUUGAUUGACUCUGGUUGUACCUAUCACAUGUCCCCCUUUAGAGAUUUGUUUUCUACAUAUGAAUUAUGUGAUAGUGGCUAUGUUUCCUUAGCUGAUAAUAAGAGAUGCAAUGUGCUUGGUGUGGGUGAUAUAUGUCUGAAGUUUUCUUGUGGCUCUGUGUUUACCAUUAAGAAUGUGAGGCAUGUCCCUGAUUUGUGUCAUAACUUGUUAUCUGUUGCUGCUUUGGAGAGUAGUGGUUUACAGGGAAAAUGGGGGAAUGGUUGCAUGAAAAUCUUGAAAAAUUCUCUUGUGUUGUUUAAAGCUGAGAAGGUGAAUAACCUUUAUGUGUGUCAUGCUAAACCUUUUACUGAGUCUGUGAAUGUUGUGUGUUCUGAUAAGACCUCUUUGUGGCAUAAUAGGCUAGGACAUAUGAGCAAUAAGGGUUUAGAUGUCAUGCGUAGGGCUGGUUAUUUUGGUAAGGACUCUGUGACUUCUGUGCCUUUCUGUGAAUCAUGUGUGUUAGGCAAGCAGCAUAGAGUCAGCUUCCCUCCUUCCUCUUACCCUAAUCUGUCUAAGUGUUCGUCUGUGCUUGAAUAUGUUCAUGCCGAUGUUUGGGGUCCUGCCAGUGUUCCUACCCACGGGGGUAGGAAAUAUUUCCUUUCUAUUAUUGAUGAUUUCUCUAGGAAGGUGUGGGUUAGCCUUUUAGAACACAAGUCUGAUGUGUUCGUGAAGUUUAGGGAGUGGAAAACCCUAGUUGAAAACCAAACUGGCAGGAAGGUUAAAACCCUUAGGACCGAUAACGGGUUAGAGUUCUGUAAUAAGGAGAUGGAUAAGCUGUGUGUGGAUUGUGG